GCUCACCCACUUCCAACGACUCCUCGAACACGAUGGCCGCCGCAGCAAAUGCUGCCGCCGAGGUCGUGGGCAGCGGCGAUGGUGCCCUCCUGGCCGGCCGCGACCACGUCGUCGUCUUCCCUUUCAUGGCCAAAGGCCACACCAUCCCGCUCCUCCACUUCGCGGCGGCGCUCGCGGCGCACCACGGGGGCCAGCUCCGCGUCACGCUCGUCACCACCCCGGCCAACCUCCCCUUCGUGCGGCGCCGGCUGCCGGAGUCGUCGUCGUCGUCGGUGCGCGUCGUCUCCAUCCCGUUCCCGGCGCACCCGGAGCUCCCGGCGGGCGUCGAGUCCACCGACGCGCUGCCGUCGCACUCCCUCUUCCCGGCGUUCCUGCGCGCCACGGCGCUGCUCCGGGAGCCCUUCGCCGCGUUCCUGGCGUCCCUCCCGUCGCCGCCUCUCGUGCUCGUCUCCGACUUCUUCCUCGGGUUCACGCAGCGCGUCGCGGAAGACGCCGGCGUCCGGCGCCUCACGUUCAACGGCAUGUCGGCCUUCUCCCUGGCGCUGUGCUUCACUCUGGCCUCGAGACGGCCACACGUCGACGUCGAGGACGGCGCAGCGGUCCAUGUGCCCGGCUUCCCGGAGAACGUGAGGAUCACCGUCGACGAGGUCCCCGACGCGGUGAUCCAGGGGGGGAACCCCGAUGAUCCGGUGACCCAGUUCCUCGACGACGAGGUCCGCAUCUGGGAACACCGCAGCGCGGGCGUCCUCGUCAACAGCUUCGCCGCGCUCGACGGAGACUACGCCGCCAUCCUCGAGGCGUUAUACCCCCCGGGUGUUCGCGCCUGGCUCGUCGGCCCACUGUUCCUCGCCACCGGCGAGUCACCGGAAGACGACGACGACGACCCGGAAGGCUGCCUCCCGUGGCUGGACGAGCGCGCGGGGAGGCCCGGCUCGGUGGUGUACGUGUCGUUCGGCACGCAGGUGCACCUCCCCGCCGCGCAGCUCGACGAGCUCACGCACGGGCUAGUGGAGUCCGGCCACUCCUUCCUCUGGGCCUUCGGCCGGUCCGACGCCACGUGGUCGCCGCCGGUGGACGCCGGCACCGCGGGCGGCAAGAUCGUCCGCGGCUGGGUCCCCCAGCGCCGCGUGCUGUCCCACCCGGCGGUGGGCGCGUUCGUCACCCACGCCGGGUGGAACUCCGUGCUGGAGAGCCUCGCCGCGGGGCAGCCGAUGCUGGCGUGGCCGGUGAUGGCCGAGCAGGGCGCCAACGCGAAGCACGUGGCGGACAUCAUCGGCGCCGGCGUCCGCGUGGACCGCGGCCGUGGGCCAGGCGCCGGCGUCGGCCGCGCGCAGGUGGCCAAGAAGGUCCGACAGCUGAUGGACGGCGGCGAGGAGAGCCGCGCGAUCCGCGCCAGCGCCGAGGAGGCUGGGCGCGCGGCGCGGUCGGCCGUGGCGGAGAACGGCACGUCACGGGUGGCGCUGCGCCGGAUGAUCGACGAGCUGCGGUCGAGCUACGUCGACGGCGAGCGACGCGCCAGCAGCAAGACAGCGACGCCGAAGAACGGUGACCGUGGCGGACGCUGAGAGGGCGACGUGACAGCGUCGAUCACUCGAGCCAUGCUGCUACAUGGAACCACGGGGUGCAGGCAGAGGGAGGUAGGUGCCGCGUGUGAGCAAUCGACCCCCAUAAUAAUGCGUAUUGCUCCCUCUAGUCAAGGUUAUGACGUCAGGACAUGAAAAUUAUAAUUACAGUGGUGUUUUUGUUCUUAUGGGAUUAAGGUUUUGUGUAGUUCCCGAUGGGGCUGGGCUAGAUAACGAGCCAGCUCGGCUCGGUAUAGCUCGUUAAGAUAACGAGCCAGCUCGGCUUGGCUCGUUAUCGUAACAAGCUAAAAAAACCUAGCUCGGCUCGGCUCGUUAUAAAGCUCGAGCUGGCUCGUUAGGCUUGUGAGCCAUGUAUGAAAAAUUAAUGUAAAUAAUUUUUUAAUAGAUUAUACAAGCAAAUUUUUAUUUUAAACAUGUAAAUCAUAUGAAAU